CGUACGUGACGCCUCUCCAGUGACGGGGUUCGGCUGUGAAUCCCCCCAGCGCGGAGUGCGCACACACGCGCACGUUCACACACACACACUCACGGCCCUGACAGCGGCUGGACCCCGGGGGCAACAUGGAGCACAGAUGCGCCGACUUCAACAUAUUGCUGGCCACUGAUUCCUACAAGGUCACCCAUUACAAGCAGUACCCGCCCAACACCAGCAAAGUCUACUCCUACUUUGAGUGUCGCGAGAAGAAGACGGAUUCCACUAAAGACCGGAAGGUCAAAUAUGACAAGACAGUCUUUUAUGGCUUGCAGUACAUUCUCCACAAAUACUUAAAAGGAAAGGUGGUUACUCCGGAGAAGAUCCAGGAGGCCAAGGAGGUGUAUCGGGAGCACUUCCAGGAUGAUGUGUUCAACGAGAAAGGCUGGAACUACAUCCUGGAGAAAUACGACGGCCACCUCCCCAUCGAGAUCAAGGCGGUUCCAGAGGGUAGCGUGAUCCCGCGUGGAAACGUGCUCUUCACCGUGGAGAACACAGAUCCCGAGUGUUACUGGCUCACCAACUGGGUGGAGACUAUCCUGGUUCAGAUCUGGUACCCCAUCACAGUGGCCACCAACUCCAGGGAGCAGAAGAAGAUCUUGGCCAAGUACCUUAUGGAGACAUCGGGAAAGCUGGAGGGUCUGGAGUACAAGCUGCACGACUUCGGCUACAGGGGCGUCUCUUCGCAGGAGACUGCAGGCAUCGGAGCCUCUGCCCACCUGGUGAACUUCAAAGGGACAGACACGGUGGCCGGCAUCGGCGUCAUCAAGAAGUACUACGGAACCAAGGACCCCGUGCCGGGCUUCUCCGUGCCGGCCGCAGAGCACAGUACUAUCACGGCCUGGGGCAAAGACCACGAGAAGGAUGCCUUCGAACACAUCAUAAAGCAGUUCCCCUCGGUGCCCGUGUCCAUCGUCAGCGACAGCUACGACAUCUACAACGCUUGCGAGAAGAUCUGGGGCGAGGACCUGCGUAGCCUCAUCGUGGCUCGGAGCCCCAGCGCGCCUCUGGUGGUGCGGCCCGACUCAGGAAACCCCCUGGAUACAGUGCUGAAGGUUCUGGAGAUCCUAGGGAAGAAGUUCCCCCUGGAAGAGAACAACAAGGGUUACAAAGUCCUACCGCCGUACAUUCGGGUGAUUCAGGGGGACGGAGUGGACAUCAACACCCUGCAGGAGAUUGUGGAGGGAAUGAAGGAGCACCGGUGGAGCAUCGAGAACAUUUCCUUCGGGUCUGGUGGCGCGCUGCUGCAGAAGCUGACCCGUGAUCUGCUCAACUGCUCCUUCAAGUGCAGCUACGUUGUGACCAAUGGCCUGGGGGUGAACGUGUUCAAGGACCCAGUGGCAGAUCCCAAUAAGCGGUCGAAGAAGGGGCGCCUGUCCUUGCACAAAACACCCAGUGGAGACUUCGUCACUUUGGAGGAAGGGAAGGGGGACCUCGAGGAAUAUGGGGAGGACCUGCUGCACACAGUGUUCCGGAAUGGGACGAUAGUGAAAACGUACUCCUUCGACGAGGUACGGGAAAACGCCCGGUUGAAGGAGGGUGAGCUGAAGGAGCUCCUCCGCUGAGAUGGACUCCAGGGGUCGGGGAGCUGGCGGAGGGCGAUUCGCCCACGGGCGAUCGUCCGUCCAAGCCUGGAGGCCGGAGAGGAGUUUAUAUGAACACAGCAGCACUGUAAGCCUUUCCUCUGUAUACAGAACUCUCCCUCUCACAUGUCAGACUCCUGAACCAUGUAUGUUUCGGUUUGAUUUUUAGUAACGGGAGAGCAAAAAUGGUUAGGAUUCGAUGCAGUUGAAAGAUUUCUAUCACUCUAUAUAGACACAGUGUAUAAAAAAAAA